CGCCCCUUCCCAGCCGCGGGCGCGCGUGCUUCGCUUGGAGGCAGGAGGAAGAAAGUUACUGAGAGGAGAGGUGGGCGGGAACAGGACAAUGGGGGCGGGGGAAGGAGCUUGGGCGCUUCGGGCGCAGCCGAUCGUCCGCAGGAGUCGCGAUCGGGAUGGAGACGAGCAGCCGUCGAGGCGGCCAGAGAUUUUGAAAGAUGAUAUGAACUAUGCAUAGAAUUAUUUCGGCGACACAAAAGAAGAAAUGUGAUAUAUUGCCAAUAUUGAGAAAGAAGAAUCAACAUAAAAUCCCUGCAUACAAUACGAGCUAAGAACUCCUGAUUUUUGAUAGUUGCUAUUUUAUUUUUAAAACUUUUGACAAAAUGAUACUACAGUAGAAUUUAAAAGGAAGAUGAGCAUUAUCAAUAAUUAUUUUUACAGUUUUUCAGAUUACAUCAACUUUAUUCACUGGAGUUUCUGAUAUUCUUAUGCUCUAUUUUGAUCAGCUUUUAAAAACUAUUUUCAUAAACCAAACAGAGCGUAACCACAUUAUUUAAGUGCAGGCUGAAGAGUUGGAAGCAUGAUCACAGUGCCAUAAUUUUUUAAAGGCUGUUGUCUGAAUUGCCUUGUUUAGCUCAGAUUACUUAUAUCUUCCUUUAUAUAAAUCUAUAUUUGUUUCCUAAAUAAUGGCAUGGGCAAAAUUCUUGAGAAAACCUGGAGGAAAUCUUGGAAAAGUGUAUCAGCCUGGAAGUGUGAUGUCCCUGGCUCCCACCAAAGGCUUGUUAAAUGAACCAGGACAAAACAGCUGCUUUCUUAACAGUGCCGUACAGGUUUUAUGGCAACUUGAUAUAUUCCGUCGAAGUUUAAGAGGUCUCACAGGACAUGUUUGCCAAGGUGAUGCCUGCAUAUUUUGUGCUUUGAAGACAAUAUUUUCCCAAUUCCAACACAGUCGAGAAAAGGCUCUUCCUUCAAAUAACAUGAGGCAUGCCUUGGCUGAAAGUUUUAAAGAUGAACAGCGAUUUCAGCUUGGUUUUAUGGAUGAUGCUGCAGAAUGUUUUGAAAAUAUCCUUGAGAGAAUUCACUAUCAUAUAGUACCAAGCAAUGCAACGGAUAUGUGCACUUCCAAAUCCUGCAUAACACAUCAAAAGUUUGCUAUGACAUUAUAUGAACAGUGUGUAUGUUGUACUUGUGGGGCAUCUUCAGACCCUUUGCCUUUUACAGAAUUUGUACGUUACAUUUCAACCACAGCAUUAUGCAAUGAAAUUGAUAGAAUGGUGGAAAGACAUGAAAGACUUAAGCCAGAAAUGUUUGCUCAACUCCUUCAGGCUGCAAAUACAACAGAUGACUUCAGAAAUUGUCCGAGCAACUGUGGCCAAAAAAUUAAAAUCCGCCGUGUUCUAAUGAAUUCUCCAGAAAUAGUUACUAUUGGAUUAGUUUGGGAUUCUGAACAUUCUGACCUAACAGAAGAUGUCAUCCGAAAUCUGGCAACACAACUUUAUCUUCCAGGGUUGUUUUAUAGAGUUACUGAUGAACAUGCCAAAAACAGUGAGCUUUUUCUUGUGGGGAUGAUAUGCUAUGCAAGCAGACAUUAUUGUGCCUUCGCCUUUCAUACUAAGAGUUGUAAAUGGGUGUUAUUUGAUGAUGCUAAUGUUAAAGAGGUUGGAACAAAAUGGAAAGAUGUGGUAUCCAAGUGCCUCCGGUGUCACUUUCAGCCACUGCUACUGUUUUAUGCAAACCCAGAAGGUACACCGGUAUCAACAGAAGAUGCACUUCAGCAUAUAAUUCAUUGGUCACAUUAUAAAGCCUCUACAGGAAAUGGAGAAGAAUUUGGGUUUGAGAAAUAUAAUUUUCUUAAAUCAGAUUGUGUAAAGGAGAAUGGAUUUGAAGAAACUUCUAACCAGAAGAGUAAAAAAGCUCAACUAGAAAACACUGCCUUUACUAGGAACUAUACUCAACCUACUAAUGUCAGAGGGUCAAGUAAAUUGGGUCAUAAUGAUCAUAGGGAAAAAACAAAAGAUAUUUCCAGAGAAUGUGCUCAAAAGGCAGCUGAGAUGAAAAGUUACUCAUCAUCAUUAAGAAAAAAUCCUGACAGAGGAUCAAGGAGAGAAUCUGGAAAACAAAAAGAUCUAUCAGGAGAAAUACACACUAAUCUUAAGGCAGGAUCACCACCUUCUGGAACUGGAUUUAGGCAUCAUUCCAAUGAACGUCUAUAUGGUAGUCAAGGGAGAGGAUCUUAUCGGCAUGAAAAGGUGCACAAUCAAAUUAGACCCACUGUACAGACAUUCAGCUCAAAUAAAACGGAAGAUGGAGAGAAGGGGAACCGUAUGAAAACUGACAACACAGCUGGUUAUGAAACAGAUAGUAGCCAAGAUUCCAAAGACAAAGGAAGCAUCAGUAGCAGCAGAAGUCGAAGCAGAGGCUGGAAACCCAUGCGAGAAACUCUGAAUGUUGAUAGCAUCUUUAUUGAUUCAGAGAAAAGGGAACAUAGCUCAAAAUCCAAGCUAAAUGCAAGCAAUAAACCAAAACAUGAAAAGGAGCAGAGUUCAGUCAUCUGUUCCAAAGAAAUUCAGAGUCAGAAGGGUCUGAUGACUAUCUAUGAAGAUGAAGCAAAACAAGGAGGAAGCCAGAAUUCACUAGAUUUGGAAAAGAAAGGAAAUAGAGAAAAAAUAACAGGAUUUGUAGAGAGAAAAGUUCAUCCUGAUAAUUGGCAGGCACAAAGAACUGAAUCUGGCUAUGAAAGCAGUGAUCAUAUUAGCAAUGCAUCUGCUAAUUUGGAUUCACCAGUUACUGAAGGAAACAGCCCAGUUGACCCCAACAGUCUGAAAGAAAACAUUUUCUGCAGUGACCAAAAUCUGUCAGUUAGAUAUUCUGGAAAUGUCUUGCAGACUUUCUCCCAGCUGAACAAAAACUCUUUGGAAGUACUGAAGAAAGGUGAGUUAAUAUGCAUAUUAACUACAAGCCAUCUAACUUCUCAUCAACUUCUCAUCUACAGAUACAAAGGUAAUUUUUACCCCAAAAGAUACUUAUGACUUAGUUCCAAAAUUCUGAGGGUUGCCCCCCCCCCCCCACAAUACCCUGUUUGGGUGCUUAGCAACCAACCUUCAUUUACGGCUGUUGGCAGCAUCCUGCGGUCACUGCAAACCUGAUGUUUACUUUGAAUUUUUAGCAAAAACCCCCCAUAGUGAAAAAUGAGUUCACCUAAUGACUCCAGUGUUUGCUUAAUGACCACUAAAAGUCAUAAAAUCUGGUUGGUCACAUGAUUUGAAUUUGGACCCUUACAACUUAUGACAUAAUGACCAGGCUCCAUUGCUGCCGAAGGUCCAUACUGUUAUAUGAAGUCUUCUAUUUUUCCAAUACCAGAUAAAAUCAAUAUUACACAUGUGAAUAUAUGCACAUGCAAUCCCCCGUGCUCUUGCCGUGCAUGCCUCCCCCCCCCAUGCAGUCUUUUUUUUAGACUAGCCAAACCCAAAACCUGCAGCUGUUCUUCAUAUGGUUUAGUCUUUAGGCCUUUAUAUCUUUUUCAAAUGGUACAACCAAAACUAUAUAUAGAAAAUAUAGAAGUGCAUAAAGUUGGCAUUUUUACUUUUAGUCUCCUAAUGAUCAAUCAAGGUGUUAGUGAAGUUAGAGAUUUUUGCCCCAGGAUGCAUGACUUCAUACUUCCUAAAUUUGAAUUAUGUUCAGUUGAUUUAAAUCAGUCCUUUCAAUGGCUUUUGAUUUUGUUCCCUCUCAGUUGCUUACUAUAAUCUUCAAAUUUCACCAGCUCACUGCUUAAAUUCAUACAUCAUUCAUACAUUAAAACCAAUAGAAAUCCUUAAAGGACUCCCUUUCCUUGCUUUGCUCCAUUUAGAAACUGCCUAUUAAUUUUUACUUUGCUUUUAGCCAGUUAGCUGUUGACAAAAGCACAGUUAUUCACAGUCCAUGGCCACUACAUUUACUCAAAAGCCUUUAAUUAGAAACUUUUUAAAAGACUGUCUUCAGUCUUUCUCAUUGUUGGUGCUAUGAAAAACUCUAAAAGUGGAUGAGACAAGAUUUAUCUGCAAAAUGCCAAUUUUUAUUCAGCAAAUCUUCCUCUUUGUUCUUAAUUCCUUUUUCUUUGAUUCCCCUUACCACUUUCCCUGAAACAGCUGUUAAUAUAACUGGCUUAUAAUUCAUUUUUUUUUUAAUGGCUGGCUUUUACUCCUAUGAUAUUUGAUUUGAGCAUUGUUAAAUUAAUGAAACCAUUAUGAAAGAAUUCCAGCAACUGCUAUUUAUCAAAUACAAGUUCCGCUUAUAAUAAAAAACAAUGUCCAUAUUUUUGGACCUUUACUCCUGCCCGUGCAGUGUAAUGGGCCUGAAGCUACUCUAUUUUGGCAUAACAGAUAAUUUCCAUCUAUCUUUUUUUUUUUAAAACCAAGCUAGUCUGGUUUCAGACUAUUGCCUGUAGCUUUCGCAGAACUGUUCCCCCCAUUAUCAGCUUCACACUUUCAGAAAUAACACAAGUGACAGUUUGCUGGAACUGAACACCUAGCAGCAGCAACCUGUUACUUAGGCAACUACAAAAAGGAAAAUCUUCUUGACUCUUGCCCAAAAUUAUCCAUGUCUAUCCUGCCUCACAGUAAAUAGAACAAUUGAUGGUUUUUGUCCUGCUGGCUGGUGACCCUGGAUGGAUAGAAUAUCAACACAGGGAAAUCUACCAAUCACUGCUCUUUAUUGUCCCACAGUUAAUUUGUAAGGGUGAGGCUCAUUCUCAAACCUUGUUAUUUAUACAGAUUAGAACUUAGCUAUUGGACAGUGCAGAUUAUAUCGAAUGGCUAGACAUACAUAUGAAAAUGAGGCAUUGACCAGCACAGAAUCUAUUAGUUUGGGAAUAGGAAUCAGAUAUUGUAUCCUAAAACAUCUUUCCUAGAUACCUCUGACUGUGUAGAGUCAAUUCAUUUCAAUUCAUUCAGGGGGUUUAAAAUCAGUACUAUUUUCAGGGGGAUUUAAACUUUUCAGGCCAUAGAAGCUAAAAAAAAAAACUAAACCUGGAACUACUGAUCAAAAGUUAAAGCUCUCAUGAUAGAAAAUUGACUGUUUCAGAGAACUCCCCCCCCCCUUUUUGUUCUGCUCUUAGGGUCUUACAAAACUCUCGAGGUCUAUGGAAUAGUUUGAAAACCAUUGCUUUAUUGUAUAGAUAUAUACAAUAUGCAAUAAAAUGGAGAAGCAUACCCAUAUUUUGAUAACUUUCUGUCUUUAUUAUUUAUUUUAUUUAUUAUUAUUAUUGGAAUAUUUGUAUUUUUUUGUAAAUGUUAUAUUUUCAUGGAACCUGAAGCACUGGCCUUGUCUGGCAACUAGACAUUAAUGCCCAGCUAAUGAAGACAGACAAUCUGAAUGUUUCUUCCACAAUUUCCCUGUACCAGUUACUGUCCAUCAUGGUUUCUGGCUGAUUCUUUUCUUUCCGAAGAGUAUUUGCUGUUUUACUGAUUUCAGUCAUGAAUAUAAAGUCUGCUUAUACCUGUAUACUUGUUUACAAAAUUCUGGAGUCCUGCAAUAUUACCAUGUUUACAUCUGACUAGAUUCUUUUAAAACUUACAGGCUUACCUCAACCCCACCAUGAAAUAACAAAGAUUACUUUAUUCUAGUAAUUAAAAAUAGAAUUGGAUUAUAUUUACUAUUUUGCAAUAGUUAUAUUAAUACUUACAUCCUUAAAUAUUUUGCUUUCUAGGACUGAUAUA